CUUCCAGUAUUGAUUAUGUCGACGAGUCAUCCUUACGUAGUGGGAAAAACAAGUGUCCGAGGAGCACCUGAACGCACCACAGGGCUGUUUCUCAGCAGAGCUCGCUGGAGCUCACGUCUGCCACAAUCGUCAACAAUACUCCAACUCGGCAUGGACGGGGUCACAGAGGCCGCUGAUCCCUCGGCUCGCACCUACUCCCAGGUGGUGUUCCUGGACAUCCCCCACUCAUACCCGCCUGCAACCCCCAUCACCUGCCGCUACACCCUCAGCGCUGCCUUCACGCCCCAGUCCAGGGACUGGGUGGGCAUCUUCAAGGUGGGAUGGACCACGACCAAGGAGUAUCACACCUUUGUGUGGGCAGAGCCAAGUCAACAUGUGGAGGGUCAGCAGACGAUGACGACGCAUGCCGUGUUCAAGGAGUACUACCUGCCCCGGGACGAGGCAGAGUUCUACCAGCUGUGCUACAUCGACGGCGGGGGCCAGGUGAGAGGAGCCAGCACCCCCUUCUGCUUCCGCAGCGCGGCGGAGCCGAGCUCGGAGAGCAUGGACGACGACCUGCUGGUCAUCACCACGCAGGAGCAAGUGGACCAGAGCCAUCGGGAGAAAGGUGAGCUGCAGAAAGAGCUGCAGCUGCUGAGAGACGACAAUGAAGCGUUGAGAAGCGCCCUGCAGAAGGAGCAGAAGGAAACCACGAGCUUCAAGGAGCAGAACGAGCAGAGAGGGACGGAGGCGACCAACCUGCUCCGAGACAUGGAUCAGCUCAGGGAGGAGAAGGAGCAGCUGAAGAAGGCGCUGCAGCUGCAGCAGGAGGAGAACGACCGCUUAAAGGAGGAGAUGGUCAUCCAGAUGACGAAAGAGAUGGAGUUACGGCAACAUAACGCCACCGAACAGGAGAAGCAGAGUCAAAGCUCCAAAUUGUUAAAAGGCAGUGAGGAGAAAUAUGAUCGAGCUUUGACGAAGAUCAAUCAGCUGAAGGAGGAGCGUGAGGAGCUGAAGAAGAAGACUGAGGGUCAAAGUGAGGAAAUUGAGCGGCUGAAGGCCAAACUCAGAGAAGGAGAGCAGGAGCUGCUCAAGUCUGCCGACAGCAUCCCGCUGCUGCAGAUUGAUCUUCAGAACAGCGAGAAGGAGAAGGAGGGACUUGUUGCAGAGCUGCAAAGGCUGCAAAGCCUUGCUGACGGCAUGGAUGAAGUGAAGAAGGAGAACCGGGAGUUGUGUAGGAGGCUGUCGCAGCAGGAAACGGUUCAGGUCUCUCCUCAGGACAACCUAAAGGUGCAGAGUCUGGGCCGCCAGCUGCAGGAGACGCAGAUGAACCUGGCCGCUGAGAAGGAAGAGUCCAGCAGCCUCAGGAGAGGAGCCGAGACCCUGGAGCGCGAGCUGCAGCAUGUCAGCGAGCAGCUGGCCAGUUUGGUCAAGUCUUACGACCACGAGCAGCGAAAGAGCAGCAAAUUGGAGCUGCAACUCGGAGAGAUGAAUGAAGCAAUGGCAGAUAAGAGCAUCUUAAUCGAAGAGAAGGAACAGGAAAUGAUGCUGAUGACGCAGGAGACGGAACAACUGGCCCGGGAAAACAAGGUGCUCAGAGACGACAUCGAGGGCCUUCGCAAAGUUUGCGCAAACAACACGUCUUUUACAGAGUUAGAAUACGUGCAGCCUGACAUCCUGCCGCCCGGCGGUGACACUGCAGCCGCUGGACACGGGGCGGAGACUGAGAACAUAGGAGGCGUUGAAGAACUCCGGGACGAGUCGCUGGUGUGUCGUCACUGCCAGGAGUGUUUCCCCGGCAUAACCCGGAGUGAGCUGGAGCAGCACGAGCAGAGCCACAGAGUGUGUCCCUUCUGCACCGUCAUCUGUGACCACAUGGAGCAGUCGGUCUUUGAGGAUCACGUCUACGGCCACGAGCUCUGAGGGCGGCGCCCGCUGCUGAGUUGGGUUGGAACGUCUGACGAGAUGGUGUCACCGUGGUCGUUUCCCCAACUAUUUCAGCUUUAGGCGUCCGUGUCAGCUUACAGCAACAUGAAACAUGCCUGCGUCAUAUAAUCUCAUUUACUUGUUGCACAGAGAUUCAUCUGAACAGAGAAGAAAAUGUCUGCAGGGAAUCAUCAUAGGGUUAAAUUUAUGCAUCGAUGUUUUAAUAAUAGUUGAAGAACUGACUGUUCAGCCAAGUAGCAUUCAGAAGGGGGUUAAUCAAGUCACAUAUGGUUAAACACUGGGGUUGGAUCUGAAUGUUGUCAUUUUGUCUUUACAAAUGAAUGUCUGUGUUCUGGAUAUCCACCUUUCUGAGGAAUCACCUUCAUGGUGGUUCUCAUUAGUCAAAAAUCUAAACGAGCCCAGUUGGGUCAUGUGGCGUUUGAUUUUGUUGUUCAAACGUUGGACGUGCUUCUAAAUAAGAAUCUGAAUGUAAUGGUUACCAGGGCCAACUUUGACCUUUAUAGUCAAAUACUAAACUAUCGGAUGAAGAUGUGUCGUCUGGGUUUCACGCGAAGGGUUUGAAUGCUAAAAGUCCUCAUGUUUGGAACAUGCACGUGAAAACCAGUAAAAAUUAAAUCAUACAAGUCUUAUGAACCAGCCUUCAGAUCUUUUACAAAUGCAAUGAUUAUUUAAAUGAAUGUAUUAUGAAUAGUUAAUGUUUAAAACUUUAUCCAGGAGGUGGAGCGAAGCUUUGCACUGACAUGUUGUUGACGUAACUGAUAAAAUGUGCUGAACAGGAGACGCAGAUAUCCAAGACACCAGUUACGUAAGAUUAAAAUGUCAUGCCUGUAA